CUGUACGGUUGCAAUUUCUAUUUGGUCUCGGUUGAAAGACUCUACGUGCGUGUCAAGUCCGAGAAGAAAAGUAUCAGUGCCGGGAACCUACAGAUGGGCAGUUCGCGAUAAUUCUUUAUGCGUGAUUCAGUUAUGGUGAAAAAAUUGGCACCCAAAGGCACAUGAAGUUAUGUGAUUUUUGGAUGACGUUAACCGGAUUUUUUAUCUGGUGAGUUCAACUAGCCAUCAGUGUCGAAUGAACCUGGUGGACCAAUGAGGCUUCAAAAGUGUAAUUUCUGUCGGUGGGAAUUACUACUUCUUGUUAAGUACUGCAAGACUGCAUGCUGAGUGAAAUCUGGAGAGACAACAGAAAAUUCUUUCCAAUCAGUGCCGCAACCCGGAAUAGAUGAAAUCUCUCUAAGAAAAGUCCACAGCACUACUUCAUCCUUUCGAUCGUCAAAAGAAAAACGAAGAUGGAAAUACGAUGGUACUGGAUUGCUCUAUCCCUUCUGAUUGUUGUCUCCCAUACGGCGGUAACACACGACAUGACCAACUCUCGAGAUAGUAGUAGUUCGAAUUACGAUAUCGGGUCUAGUAAAAGCAGUAGUAGUAGUAAUGCUAAAGACAAGAGUAAUAUAAGCAAAAAAGGCAAUACAGUCAACAUAAGUAAUAAUUUAGAAGAACUAUCUUCAGUGCCAUACCAUACAGAAAAUUCACAGAAGAAAAACACGGUUAGCAGCGCACAUAAAGAAUAUGAUGCUGAUGAUAAUUUUGACGAACUGAUUGCCAGCACUGAGGCGAUUGCUACAAAAAACGUCAAAAAAUACUUACAGAAAGAUUAUAAACAUCAUAAAAAAUACUAUCCAAACGACGGUGACCGGCAAACUCCGGAGUACGCAAAUGAUCCUUUAGUCCUUAAUGAAAAUAGUCGCGAAAGCUCAGCGAGGGAACCGCAACUGGUCGAUGCAGUGAACAAACCACAUAGUCGCAAAAAGCGGCUUAUUUGGAUAACAGAUGAUGGAAGAAUGGCAUUUCCACCUGGUACCUCGCUAACCAUUGCGCCGACUAUCGCAUUACCUUUUGUGCGGUAUCCACCCACGGGAUUUCUGUCGAAUAUCUCCAUCAGUUUACCGGUGACCAUCGACUUUGAUAAACUUGGCCUGACGGACAACCAGAAUCCAUUAGGAGUGCUGCCACCAUUGUUCGCCCGUUCGAUGGGCCGUGCCGCGGGAAGUGUUUUGGCCGACUACGUUUCUGAUUACAUGCACAACAGGAGGCGUAAGCGUAGCGCAUCAAACUUUCAAAGUAGUGAUAUGUUCAAGAUCACCACCAAUUUCAUCGAUGGCGAUGGUAGCGAACCUAAGACACCAGAGUUACCCGAGGAACACAAGCAUGCGUUCCAUGGAGGCGAAAGGGCGUUGCUGUACACUGUGGUGGAAGAUUUCAUCGCCAAUUUUGGAUUGGAUGGGAAGGCCUGCAUGCUGCGUGCCAUUUGCGAGGUGCACUCGAAGCCGGUGGAGAAUUUUGGAUUGAUAGGAGAGAUUCUAAGACUGUUUUUCACAGCAUCUUUAUCGCCGUAUUCAGAGCAUCUGCAAGAAUAUGUAUCCGCGGAGAAUAUUGGUAAGGGACAAUCAGGACCAGGAGAAUGUUUCCCGUAUUUCAAAGACUGUCCUAAAAGUCUCUUUCGAACCACAAGUAAGUUUCAGCAACGCUUCCAGUCAAAUUCGCCCAGCGAACAGAACGCCCCGGAUGAUCUAUAUGAAAACAGUAUAGACGAUCUCGAACGGGAAAUACGUGGCACUGGUGAACGCGAAUCGCAAACACAACCCAAAGAUGAAACCGUGAUGCAACUGGACAGUGGCUGGAAUAAACUAGUAAUGUAGGAAUAGUCAACAUAAUAGAGGUUUUGGAAUGAGGAAAGUGUGCGUGGGGAAAAUGUCGAUGAAUGGAAGUUAUUUGUAUAGUUUAAUUGUAGUACAUGACGAAUUUUGGGAAUUUCCUCCGCAUUUUGUGAACUUAGAGCAUUUAAGUUUAAUUUAUUGUCUAGAAUAAUGUACAUUUUUUGCUCCUUAGAUUCUAUGUUGUUGAUUAUGUUCAACGUAAUGUUUUCACUAAAAAUAAACACAUGAAUUGUUCAAUUACAGCAUAGGUGCUUUCGAACCAGAAUGAGAGACUAAAAAUCCUUCUGGAAUUGCAGAAGCGACUUCCAGAAAGCACACUGACUGUGUUUAUGUGACCAUAUUAAUUGAUAGCCCCGUGCUUUUAUAAAUAAAAUACUUAAGGAUCAUACAAAGGAUCGAUUUUUCAAACGAAUGUGAUUUAAUCGUAUCCAUUGGUUUUGCUGUUAUCAAGAAUGCAAAACACAUCCGACAUAAAAAUCUAUCCGUCAAAAAAUUACUUUAACAGCAAUACGAAAAUUAGGAUGUAGGAU